AUUUAUAUUUAUAACAACACCAUAAAAUAACAUGUCAUAUAUACUAAAACACUUGAGUUGAGACUUGGUUAGUAUCAGAGAGUUUCUUUUUUUUGGCAAUGGUGGAAAGGGGUGAGAUUUAUCUGAGAGAAUUAUAAACACAAAACCCCAAUAUGCAGCUGAAAACUCAGUUGUUGUUGUUAUACUUCUUUUGUUGUUGUUGUUUUUUCAUUGGUUGUUUUUGUCAUAAUGAUGAAGAAGUGUCUGCUUUGGUUUCAAUCAGAGCUGGUCUUAUUGAUCCAUUGAAUAGCUUAAAGGAUUGGAAGAAUGGUGGAGCUCAUUGUUAUUGGAGUGGGGUUUCAUGCAACAAUGAAGGACAUGUUCAAAAACUUGAUCUUUCCCACAAGAAUCUUAGUGGGAUUGUCUCUGAUGAAAUCUUGAAACUGAAGAGUUUGAUUACUCUUAACUUAUGCAAUAAUGUGUUUUCUUCUUCAUUGCCUAAAUCUAUAGCUAAUCUCACUACUCUGCAGAGUCUUGAUGUGAGUCAGAAUUUCUUCAUUGGUAGUUUUCCUGUUGGUCUUGGGAGAGCAGCUGGGCUUACUUAUUUGAAUGCUUCAAGUAAUGAUUUCACAGGAUUGAUUCCUGAGGAUCUUGGGAAUGCUACUUUGUUGGAAAGUUUGGAUCUAAGAGGGAGUUUCUUUAGUGGGGUGAUUCCUAAAUCUUUCAAGAACUUGAAAAAGUUGAAGUUUCUUGGUCUUUCUGGGAAUAAUCUCACUGGUUUAAUCCCACCUGAGUUGGGAGAGCUUUCUUCAUUGGAGAGUAUCAUUCUCGGGUAUAAUGAAUUCGAAGGCGGUAUACCAGCUGAGUUUGGGAAUCUUACAAGUCUAAGGUAUCUUGAUUUGUCAGUUGGUAAUCUUGGUAAUGAGAUUCCAACUGAGAUUGGGAGACUGAAGAGUUUGGAGACUGUUUUCUUGUACAAAAACAGUUUUGAAGGGAGAAUUCCACCCGAAAUUGGCAGCAUUGUUUCACUCAAGUUGUUAGAUCUUUCUGAUAACAUGUUAUCAGGGAAAAUCCCAGAUGAAAUAACAGAAUUGAAGAAUCUGCAGCUUCUGAAUCUGAUGUGCAACAGUUUAUCAGGUUCAGUCCCUAGUGGAGUUGGUAGCUUGCCUAAAUUGGAGAUUCUUGAGCUAUGGAACAAUUCACUUUCGGGGCCUUUGCCAAAUGAUCUUGGAAAGAACUCACCAUUGCAAUGGUUGGAUAUAUCUUCCAACUCAUUCUCUGGUGAGAUUCCAACAACCUUGUGUCACAAGGGAAAUCUCACCAAGCUUAUCCUUUUCAACAAUGCCUUUUCGGGUCCAAUCCCAGUUGGCUUAUCAACAUGUUCAUCGCUUGUUCGGGUCAGAAUGCAGAACAAUCUGAUAUCAGGGACAAUCCCAAUUGGAUUUGGCAAACUUGAGAAGCUUGAAAGGUUAGAGUUAGCUAAUAAUAGUAUCACUGGUUUAAUUCCAAAUGACAUAUGUUCUUCUUUAUCUCUUUCUUUCAUUGAUUUCUCUAGAAACCGCCUUCAUUCAACUCUUCCUUCCACCAUUUUUUCCAUUCCUAGUCUUCAAAACUUCUUAGUAUCCAAAAACAACUUAGAAGGAGAAAUACCAGGUCAGUUUCAAGACUGUCCUUCAAUUUCUGUGCUUGACCUUUCAUCAAAUCAUUUCUCUGGAAUCAUUCCAUCAAGCAUUGCUUCAUGUGAGAAACUAGUCAAUCUAAAUCUAAGGAACAACCAAUUGAGUGGAGAGAUACCAAAACCAUUAUCAAUGAUGUCAAUGUUAGCCAUUCUAGAUCUAUCUAACAACUCUCUAACUGGUGGAAUACCUGAAAACUUUGGUAUCUCACCAGCAUUGGAGAAUCUCAAUGUUUCAUACAACAGAUUAGAGGGUUCUGUUCCUGCAAAUGGUGUACUAAGAACGAUAAACCCGAAUGAUCUUGUGGGCAAUGCUGGUUUAUGUGGUGGUGUUCUCCCACCAUGUUCUCAAAAUUCAGCAUUUCAAUCAAGACACCAUAGUUGGCAUAUUAAGCAUGUUAUUGCAGGUUGGAUCAUUGGAAUCACAUCUGUUUUAGCCAUUGGAAUAGCCCUUUUCGGGGCUCUAACUCUUUACAAAAGAUGGUACUCAAAUGGGAUUUGCUUUGGUGAAAGUUUUCAAAUGGCUAAUGGUGAAUGGCCAUGGAGAUUAAUGGCUUUCCAAAGACUUGGUUUUACAAGCUCAGACAUUCUAGCUUGUGUCAAGGAAUCAAAUGUGAUUGGAGUUGGAGCAACCGGGACAGUUUAUAAAGCUGAAAUCACGCGUUCAAGCACAGUUGUUGCUGUUAAGAAGCUAUGGAGAUCAGGAGUUGACAUUGAAACAGGAAACAGCAAUGACUUAGUUGGAGAAGUCAAUCUCUUGGGGAGACUAAGGCAUAGAAACAUUGUAAGGUUGUUGGGAUUUCUGCAUAAUGAUUCUGAUAUUAUGAUUUUGUAUGAGUUUAUGCCUAAUGGAAACCUUGGAGAUGCUUUGCAUGACAAGCAAGGAGGAAGGUUGCUUGUUGAUUGGGUUUCGCGGUACAACAUUGCUGUUGGUGUAGCACAAGGACUUGCUUAUCUCCACCAUGAUUGUCACCCGUCGGUCAUUCACCGAGAUGUCAAGUGCAACAACAUUCUUCUCGAUGCUAAUCUCGAUGCAAGAAUUGCUGAUUUCGGGUUGGCUCGUAUGAUGGUGAGGAAAAACGAAACAGUUUCAAUGGUGGCUGGAUCCUAUGGCUACAUGGCCCCUGAACUUGGAUACACAUUAAAGAUUGAUGAAAAGGUUGACAUAUACAGUUAUGGAGUGGUUCUAUUAGAGCUUCUAACCGGAAAACGACCGUUAGAUUCAGAGUUUGGCGAAUCAGUCGACAUAGCUGAAUGGACAAGAAGAAAGAUUAGGGACAACAAAUCUUUAGAAGAGGCAUUAGAUCCUAAUGUAGGUAACUGCAAACAUGUUCAAGAAGAGAUGCUUUUAGUCCUUAGAAUAGCUCUUCUUUGCACUGCCAAGCUCCCAAAAGAUAGACCCUCAAUGAGAGAUGUGAUAACAAUGCUUGGUGAGGCUAAACCAAGAAGAAAGAGCAAUAGCAACAACAAUGACAAAGACAAAACCAUCUAUAAUUUUUCACCUGUCAAUGGCCUUGUUGUGUAAGAAAAAGGAACAUAAAAUUGAGUUUCUUUUUAUUCUUAAUUUGUAUGUAGAAUUGUUAAUUGUAAUUUGAUUUGUUUACACAUAUUUGAGGGUAUUUUGUUGUUGUACCCCUUUUGUAUUAGAAUAACAAGAAAAUUGCUUUGUAAGUAUGGAAAAGAAAGAAAGGCUCAAUAAAAUUCUUAAUGGGAAUUAUUGUAGCCUAAUUAUGUAUUGGCUUGACUUGACUUGUUCUAAAUAAUAUCACUUUGUAUAUUUCUGUC